CUUCCGCCCUUUCCCUGCCCGGAGCGGUGGCGACGCUUUGGCCGGAGCCGCAGGGCAGCGGCUGCCCCGGAGCGGAGCGGAGCGAUGAGGCCGCAGCAGGCGCCGGUGUCGGGAAAAGUCUUCAUCCAGCGGGACUACAGCGGCGGGACGCGCUGCCAGUUCCAGAGCAAGUUCCCGGCCGAGCUGGAGAACAGGAUUGACAGGCAGCAGUUUGAGGAGACUGUGAGGACACUCAACAACCUCUACGCAGAAGCUGAAAAGCUGGGGGGCCAGUCCUACCUGGAGGGGUGCCUGGCCUGCCUGACUGCCUACACCAUCUUCUUGUGCAUGGAGACACACUAUGAGAAGGUUCUAAAGAAAAUUGCCAAGUUCAUUCAGGAACAGAACGAGAAGAUUUAUGCUCCUCAGGGCCUCCUCCUGACAGACCCCAUCGAGAGAGGGCUACGAGUUAUUGAAAUCACCAUUUAUGAAGACAGAGGUAUGAGCAGUGGAAGAUAAAACUGAGGAGUUUCAGACAGUGGACUUGCUCUUCCCCUACCUCCUACUUUAGAGCAUCAUUCCUCUCUGCUGCCAGAUCCAUGGUGCCAUCUCUUACAAGGACUAACUUCCUAAAACUGCUCCCCAGGGGGUGACCCAGCUGGUCAGCAUCCAUUUUCUGGCAAACUUCUAAGCAAUGAGAUCACUUUUUAGUUGGUUGGUUGGUUUGUUUGUUUUCCAAGGAAAAGCAGGAGUGGUAAAACUACGUUCUCCUCUGGAAGAAAGAGGCCACUUGGCCCAGCAGCACUCUGAUUUUAGUCAUGUCAGCACAGGGCUGUUCCUCCCCCCUGCAUCAGCCAGGGCAGACUUGGGACUUUUCCCUUCUCUCCAGUCCCUGUUGGGGUGAGGGGAUCCCCAGGGCCUCUGCCUGCUGAGAAGUGACUGCAGGCCAUGAGCCUCUUGCAUUCCCUCUGCUGAUUCUCAUGGAAAACCAGAAGGCAAAGUGUUGUUUUUUUUAAAAAAAAAAAAGUUUUUGGCUGUUCCUAGAAAGGAGAGGAGCAGCUGGACUUUAAUACUGGUGUUUUUUCUACUGCUGUGUCUGUGCUGUUGCAUCUGUCCAUGCUCACCAGAAGAGGGGAGUCUGUUUGUUCAUACAACAGUAAGGACAAUAAAAUGGAUGCUGAACCAAUAAACACAACAAUUCCUACCCUGCUCUGGUUAAUAUGUGAAGUGUAAAACUGUUUCUUUAUGGAUUUAUUAUAUAUAAUUUAUAAGAAAAAAACUGAUUUGGCAAACUGUUAGAUGUUGUGUAAGGUGAUUUCUUAACUCUCUGCUGCACACUCAGAGUAGAGCAGUGCAUUAUUUAGUGUCCCCCACUCAUCACCAUUCCUCAGCAGUUCCUGCAGCAGUGAAGUCCCCACAAACCAACCUGGCUUGAUAUUUUCCUCUCAUACUUUUCCCUUAUCAAAGCAAGGAUGUCCUGGUCUGGGUUUGGAGCAUUGCUGUCCAACUGGAGAAGGAAUUUGGGCAUUUAGAGGAGGAGGUGAUUACAGUGCUCUGGCUGCUGGUGGAGCUGUAGGUGCUAAUCUGGAUCUGAAAUUCCAGGCUUGUUACUCAGCCACUGAUUUGUUUUUUCUUUUCAUGUUUUCAUUGUAUAAAUCUUGGGGUUUUUUUCUAACCUGUAACAGUGUUUGCCUUUCACAUCUCUUGCAAUACUGGCGGAACUUCUAACGGAUCAGUAAAUCUUUUCUUACACCGUU